AGAGAGUGAGAGAGAGAGAGCGAGAGAGAGGGAGGGAGGGAGAGAACAAGGGGAGGUUUCAGACUUUUAUUAUUGCUCAUUUGGACCGAAGCGUUUUUAAUACCGGCCAUGUCGGAGAGUAUUGUGAGGAAGGUCCAGUCCUUCACUAUUGGGACCAGGCUGUCAGUGCCUGCGGUGCCAAAAUGCACAGGUUUCACACAGGGCUACCUGCAGAGCCAAACUUUGGAUAACUGCUCGCGCCAACACAACCUGAACGAGCGCGUGACCCUCUACCUCAGCAGCUCCCAGGUGCGUGCGGGCGCCUCACUGCUCCCGCUGGCUCGGCGGGCCUGCAGGCAGCAGGAGGACAUGGCAGCCCAGGACCACCUGAACAGGAACCCUGUUUCUCCCAACACUGUCUCCAGAUCCAUCCGGAAGAUCACCAUCUCUGGGAGCAAGGAGGACAGAGCGAGCAAGGCUGCUGUGGGACAUCAUCGACCCGCCAUCACGGCAUCUCCCAAAACGGAAAAUAUAAACAACAAUAAUAACAUCACAACCUCAAACACCCAGCUGCCCAGGAUAGUGGGGGUGAGCUGUGAAAAUAAACCCAGUUCUCAAUUUAAGGUUUUGCUCAGGAAGACCAGAUGUGAUGAGAAGCAGGCCAGCCCAGGACGAGGACGAACAGAGGAAACUGUCCAACAUGUAAGAAAUGAGACAGAAGGGCCUGGAGCUCGCUCGCCCCAAAAAGACCAGCUGAGGAGAGAGAGUCCAUCGUCCACGCUCAGAGAAGACGCGACAGUCGCUGACUCCCAGAGGGACUGUUUCAUCCAUCGCACCUCCCUGUUCAGCAGAGAAGUCCUGCAGGCAGAAGCUUGGAUCAGAGCAAAGCUGCAGGACCUGAAGGAUGGGGAAACGCAGCACUGCCCCCUACAGGACAGGCAGGAGAUGCAGCACUGCCCCCUACAGGACAGGCAGGAGACACUCCACAGGGACCUCAGGGACUUUGAGAACACCCACAUCCAGCUCACCCAGACAGGACAGCAGCUCACCUGCCAGCUGAACCCCUCUGCAGACCACAUCAGGAAGCAACUCAGCCAGCUCAAGGACCAAUGGCAGACCUUGAAACAAACAGCAGACAGUCAGUCCAGGUCGGUGGGCGGAGCCCGGAACCUGCAGGAGUUCAACAAGAAAGUGGACAAGCUAGAGGCCUGGAUAAAAGAAAAGCAGGAGGAGUCGUCCCUGGUGAACCUGCUCAGAGGGAACAUGGACAAGAUGCAGCUGACCAGGAGAAUCCUGGACUUGAAGCAGGAUGAGCAGCUUUACAGGAGCCUGCAUGAGGAGGUCAACCACCUGGCCCUGCAGCUGGAGAAGCAGGGGAAGACCGAGGGCAGGAACAUCUCCGCCAGGAAGAAACACCUCAACAAGAUGUGGCUGAAGAUCCAGUCUAAUCUGAAGGACUUUCAUGAGCACCUCCAGCUGGCUCUGGAAGUGUCCUCCUUCUACCAGCAAGCAGACAACAUCCUGUUUGCCAUCAACAACAUGAGGAAAAGCACUUCCAAAGCCCAGGAGACUAAUGGGGACAGAGAAGUCCGUGAGAUAGCCAGCCACAUCAUGAUGCUGGACGUGAGCGCUUCUCAACUGUCCAACCUCCACCCUGCCCUGGUGGCUCAUGUGGCUCACAGGCAGACAGAGGUGAAGGAGAGCUGGGCACUCCUCCAGAAGGCUAUCAGGAGCUCAACAUUCACCAGGGAAGACUCCGACCCCACAACCCCAGCCAGAGAACUGCAGUGCACCCUGGGAAUUGAGGCGCACAGGAUCCUGGGAAAAGAGGUGAAAGAGGAGCAGAAUCGACUGACAGGCUCUGUGGGUGGAGGAGGUGGAGGAGGUGGAGGUGUCUGCGAGGGCAGCAGGAGAGACCUGAUCUGCCCAGACGAGGACCAGAGGACCUCCUCUCUGAUCUGCCCAGACGAUGACCAGAGGACCUCCUCUCUCCCUGGACACGCCCCGGCAGGUGUCAUCACCAGAUGUCCAUCAGACUGGGAUAGCAUGAAACAGAGAGCCGAGCCACGGGGUUCAGGGCGGCAGCUCCCCCACACCCAGCUCCCCCACACCCAGCUCCCCCACACCCAGCUCCCCCACACCCAGCUCCCCCACACCCAGCUCCCCCACACACAGCUCCCCCACACACAGCUCCCCCACACCCAGCUCCCCCACACCCAGCUCCCACACCAGCUCCACAAGUUCACCCUGUCUGCAGACAAGACCCUGUCCUGGCUGAAGGACAACGUUGCCAUGGCUACACAGGUGUGCUCCCUGGUGGGUGAGGAGGGUGUGGAGGCGGCCAGGAGGCGUCAGGACCUGCUGGAGCAGGAGAUCCUCUCCAACAGAGCUCGCAUCGAGGUGGUCAAGAAGGAGGGCCGGGGCCUGGUGCUGGCCCGGCACCCUGGCAGCUCCAGAAUCCAGAGCUUCCUGGAGCAGCUGGAGGAACUGUGGGACGAGCUGAGCAGGAGACACCAGAGGAACGCUGCCAUCCUGCUGGCCUCAGAGGAGCUGGGUUUCAGAGCUGUGAAGGUACUGCAGACACUGGGCAGCCUGGAGGCCUGGCUGGAGUCUGUGGAGCUGUCCAUGAGGGAGUCCUCCCUGGCCAGGGACCCCGAGACCAUGAGCGGGGCCGAGCGGGAGAGUCGUCUGCUGGAGAGGGAGGUGGCGGCACGGGGCCUGGAGCUGGAAGCCCUCCGGAGGGAGGUGGAGCAGCUCAGCAGCCAGAGACACCCCCACACAGAGCAGCUCCCAGCCCGCAUGGAGCAGGUGGAGGACAAGUACCGGCGUGUCCAGAGUGCGCUGGCCCAGCAGUGCUCAGAGCUGCAGGACGCACGCAUGCUGACAGAGUUCCUGGAGCGGGUGGAGCUGGAGGAGAACCAGGCGGGCAGGGGGAGUCCUGACAGCAGCUCAGAGCAGCCUCUCUCUGGAGAGCUCGUCUCCACGGCAGCUUUGCUGGGCCUUCAGCGGGCCGGGGGGGCACCCCUGCUGCAGAGCAUGGGAGACCCUGUGGAAGAGCUGCGUGAGGCUGUGGAGAUGCUGAACCACACGGUGAGGGAGCGAGGCCGGAGCCAGAGCCACGACCAGGCUGUCCUGGAGCUGCUCAGCAGGCACGCAGGCGUGGCGCUCCGUGUGCAGGAGCGUGUGGCCCGCAGCAGGGAGCUGGGCGGGGCCGUGCUGCAGCAAGAGGCCGACAUGGUGGUGAAGUGUGAACCAGACCACUGUGGCCUGGAGGGACUGCAGGAGGAACAGGAGCAGCAGGAGAUGGACUAUAAGGCCAUCAAAGUUGAGGUGGAGGAGAUGGAGAGGCAGGCCUCUCGUCUGGAGGACCUGUGCCCAGAGCGGGUUCACCUGCUGUGGACGGAGGUCCAGGCGACCCUGCAGGCCUGGGCGGAGCUGGGCCGGAACCUGAUGGAGAACAGAGGGAGACUGCAGCAGUUUGUUCAUCUGCAGGACUUCUUCAGGAACUACCUGGGGAUCAUAUCCUGGACAGAAGACACGCGCUCCUGCAUUUUCUCAGACAGCACAUUGCAUCUUGGGAAGGAGGGCCAGGAGCCUGUGGCUGCAGAGUUGGACCUGCAGAUCCAGCACAAGUUUGAGGAGUUUGAGGAGCUGGCCGCGGCGGGGGGCGACCUGCUGGAUGCCGAACACCACCUGGCUGAGACGAUCCGGGAGCGCGUAGAGGAGUUAAGGAGCAUGCUGGGAUGGAUCCUGCUCCACUGGAGGACUCAGAAGCAGCAGUGGGAAAGAAGGAGGAGGAAGGAGAAAGAGGAGUUAGUCGACAACAUCUACUCUGAGACCACGGUCUGUUCUCCGCUGAGACCGAACAAGGCACCUGAGGCAGAUUGUUCACAGCUGGGUGGGGCCCACGAGGACAGACAGAGGGCAUCAGACAGUCUUCCCUCUCUACUGACAUCCAGGAUGGAUGAGCAGCAGGAUGAGGAAGAGCCGGAUGAUGGUUAUGAGGUCAUGAACAGCAUCGGCCCCCGGUGUUCUGUGGUCACCACCCUGGAGAACCGCAGCUCCCCCGCCCUGGUGCUGAGGGACCCUGGCUCGCCCGCGCUGGGGGCCACGGUGAACCUCAUCCUUAGCUUUGCUAACCCUGAUGACCUUCAGCAGCCGGAAGCGUCUCUCAGCCGGGGGGAGGAGAGCUCUGAACCUCUACACAGGCCCACAGCCCUUCUGCCCUCUGCCUGUAAAAGCUUUUGGAGGCGCUGCCAGGGGCUUUUGGAAAAUACUUUUGGUAGUUUAAAGCGCAAGAAAAAGAUUUAUCGCCAGAGUGCGGAUGAGGUGAGUACCUACCUGCAUGUGAAGGACAACAACCUGGCUGUGUCUCCACUGUAUGAGAGCAUCACUCUGCCCCACCUUCACGGCAAGACCCACCUAGCAGCCUCCUGCUCCUCCUCCUCCCCACCCUCCUCCUCCUGCCCCCUGCCUCCCACCAGCAGUGUGUCCUUCCCCUCCCUGUCCCUAGGGGGCAGCAACAGUGCCUCCCUCUUCAGCAGCCUGAAGAGGAGAAGCAAGAAGAGGAAGAGGAAGAGAGAUGACCGACGACACACCAUCCAGAGGAUCAUGGGAGGGGAGGGAGCAGGGGAGGAGCUGGUCCCCGGGGGGGCCAGCGUCUCCUACCACACGCAAACAUGGCCGCUGAAGGAGGUGUGUAGGAGGAAGGCUGGGGCUAAGCCUCCAGGCUCCGGAGCACAACUCCCAGACUACCUGAAGAACCGGCUGGCCUGUGACAUCGACGCGGAGGGUUCCGGAGAGUCCAGCAUCACCCCGUAUGCCGUGUCGGAGGGGGCAACCGCCCCACCCCCACAGGUACGGAGCCACUGCAGGUUCCUGUCUCUGGGGUCUGUCUUGACCUUCGACCUCCCAAAGGACAUGAGCCUCAUCCCCAGCCUCCAGGAUGUCAUCACCAUCGGGCCCCCAGAGGCCAGGAGGGGGGAGGGGGCGGCCUCCCACCUGGACAGGCCUGCUGCUCUGAGCUCCUUCAAGCAGGGCAGAGCUCCUCCCCCAGUGAAAGCCAGCCUGCCUGAGGAGAGCUCUGCAGACCGUCACAACACACACACACACACAGGCCUACUGUUACCUGAUGUGGAUGAAGCCCUCCCACCCCCUCCUCUACGGGACGAAGAUCAGACUGGACAGCGUGAUGACCAGGCUGAUGGCCGGCUCAGGUGCUCUGGGAUGGUCAGUCUCCACGAGGGGGCUGACCAGGGAUGGGCCAGGAAGGCUGCUGAGCGUGACCCCAGGAAACCCUCUCCACACGCCUCUCAAGCUGAGAGGUCCUUUCCAGCGCACCAGCCCCCCGCUCCCUGCCCUGGCUCCCUCUCCCAGGACGUCUGUGUCCUCUCUCUGUCCCAGGUCUCUGAGCUCGCCAGCCCCCACAGCGCCCUGGCAGGGAGCCCCAGGGGCCAGUGCAGCCAGGCCUCCCUGGUGGUCAGCCUGGCGUCCAGCAGCAGAGCCGCCGGCAGAGACGACUCUGUGGACUCUGGCGUGUCCAGCUCCGGAAGCGUCCCCCGCGCUGGCACCCCUGACGACCCUCAGCCCCGGGGCGUGGAGGGCAGGGUGGCAGCCCUGGAGGUGGGGGGUCUGGACUGCCGAAAAUCUAGGAUGAACCCAGCCUCAGUCCCGGCCUCAGCCUCAGUAGAGGCUGACCCCAUCCACCCAGACCACCAGCAGUUUGAGGAGGAGGAGGAAGAGCUGGAGGAGAUCUGGACCCGAACCCCUGGCCUCCGUCAGAGCAUCUGCUCUGAUAUCAUGUACCAGCCCCAUCAGGAGGAGGAGGAGGAGGAGGGUGGGUCCCCCCUGGCUACCCCCAGAGAGCCCCCGUCCCCCAGGACCCAGCCUGGCCUUUACAGGAAGCUGGUCACAGCCUCUGCACCCAACCUCAUGGUGGCUGAGUUCACCCUGCCCUCGUCCGGCCAGCACAGCCCCAGAGCAGAGCCCCCUGCCCUGGGGAAGAGAGAUAGGAGGUCCUGGGCUGCCUUCCCUGACCAGCAGCAGCCCUGCAAGCCCUCAGCACUGGUUAACGAAACUGCUGCAGACCGAGUGAAGCUACCGGAUAUACAAGACCAGAAAAUAUAUAUUUACCAAUAUAAAGAGGAGGAAGAGGAGGAGGAAGAUGAGGGCACAGCCUGUCUGAAGGAGCAGGUGAGUGUGCUGUCUGGUCACAUGACCGUGGUCGGGACCACUCAGACAAGCAGACACUCUCAGGACCGCGACGCCGAGGAGCAGGAACGGAGGCUGACCACUGGAGGGUGCUGUAACGUCACGGGCUUGGCGGCAGAGCUACUGUCCAUGGAAGGACCCCUGGAGAGGAAACAGCAGCUGCAGCUGGGAGGCAGGAGGGCCUGGUGCCGGGCGUGGGGAUCGCUCCAGGCUGUCCUCCACAGACAGACGCUGUGCUUCUACCAGGACAGGAAGGACCUGCUGAGGAGUUGUGUGUGCGGGCUGCCCUUGAACCUGGCUGGAGCAGAAUGUGCUGCCGCUCCGGAGUACAGCAAGAAGCCCAACUGUUUCAGUCUGAGGUUGCGUGAUGGGUCAGAGUACCUCUUCAGCGCCUCGUCACAUUUCCUGAUGAGGAAGUGGAUGAUGAAGAUCCAGGCUAACACAGGUCGCUGUGACCCCGUGACCUUAGUGUCUUGCUGUGACCCCGUGACCUCAGUGUCUCCACCAGGUGGUCCGAUCCCUCCAGCCCCUCCCACCUCCCACUGUCACUGUCCAGCCCGCCAUGACCUUACUUCCUCUCUUCCACGGGCUGCUCCCAUUGGCUCAGUCCGGACCAAGGAGAUAGUAGUCCUGACCAGAGAGAGUCAAGCGGCGCAGUGUCCUCCAAGCUGGCAGGGGGCGCUAUCGCCAUGCUCACACGCUGGCCGUGAUGAAGACCAUCCUGGCUCGCCCAGGACGACGGUGACAGGAACACUGUGUGGGAUUCCCAAGGAGAGCAGUCCAUCCUCCCCUUUCUCUCCUCUCUCUCCUCUCUCCCCUCUCUCUCCUCUCUCUCCUCUCUCUCCUCUCUCCGGCAGUCAAGACGGGUCGAGCCACAAGCGACGUUCUCACUCCUUCACCUCAGCGACCUAUCAGAAGAUCAAACCUGUGAUGCUGCCCCCUGGAGUCCCAGGAGGGUCCUGCGGCUCCUGCUACUCAGUCACCCUGCUGAUCGGGGACAAGAAGACAGACGUCCAGGCCAGCAGUGCCGUCUCCCCCCGCUGGCUGGACAGGCAGGACUCCCCCCAGGACCCGGCUCCACGCGGCUACGCUAGCCUGCCGCGCCCCCGCAACAAAUCAGUCUUCAAGAAGUUCUUUGGGAAGAAAGAUUGAAGUGCCAGAGUGCUGGUUGAGCUCUAAGGACAUGGACCUGGACUGUGUGUGAUUGGUUGAGCUCUGAGGACAUGGGGCUGGACUGUGUGUGAUUGGUUGAGCUCUGAGGACAUGGGGCUGGACUGUGUGUGAUUGGUUGAGCUCUGAGGACAUGGGGCUGGACUGUGUGUGAUUGGUUGAGCUCUGAGGACAUGGACCUGGACUGUGUGUGAUUGGUUGAGUUCUGAGGACAUGGGGCUGGACUGUGUGUGAUUGGUUGAGUUCUGAGGACAUGGGGCUGGACUGUGUGUGAUUGGUUGAGCUCUGAGGACAUGGACCUGGACUGUGUGUGAUUGGUUGAGCUCUGAGGACAUGGGGCUGGACUGUGUGUGAUUGGUUGAGCUCUGAGGACAUGGACCUGGACUGUGUGUGCAGUACACACUUCAGAAGAGCGAAGAACUGACAUUUAUGACAUGCAGUAUUUAUGUUUGAAAGAUAUAUUGUGUGCAAAUCAUUUACUGUUUGUUUUUGUUUUGUGGUGUUUAGAGUGUGUAAAGUCAUUUGUUUAACUUCUUGGAAAUGAACUCAUGGGAACAUUGUUGUCCCGUAUUCUACCCCAAAAAAUCAUAAUUCUUCUGUAUAACACCAUGCUUUUCAGUACAGAUGGAUCACUGUAUCCUUAUGACUUUGAGAACAAAGCAUUUACAUAGAUACACACUUUCAUGAGAUUUUGCUAAAUUCACUCAGCCUUCUAUAGUAUAUUCAGACAUGUCUUACACCACUUGCAGGUUUGUGUCUGUUGCAGAUCAAGGAGCAACAUUUCACAUCUAAUAUUUGCGGCAGUUUGAAACUACCUGGCUUGUUUUGAUACUAUCACUGUACCUCGAUGAUCAGGGUUUGUGCUCUUUUCUAGAAGGUCAAAUAUGAAUAAACUAGUGAA